UGCGCACACACACACACACAUUUACACACACAAAUACACACUACAGCGGAGCACAUUGUUCACACUGGACUGUCUGCUACAUCUAAUGCAAUCCAGGAAAAUCUCGAAAUAAACGAAAUCUCCCGGAGAGUGACUGUAUCCGGGGAAUCAGAGGUGUGGUGAGAGGUUGAAGAGGAGUGAAGGAAUGACUGAAUAUAAGCUGGUGGUGGUGGGUGCUGGAGGCGUGGGCAAGAGCGCUCUCACCAUCCAACUCAUCCAGAACCACUUUGUGGAUGAAUACGACCCCACUAUAGAGGACUCCUACAGGAAGCAGGUGGUGAUUGAUGGGGAGACGUGUCUCCUGGACAUCUUGGACACUGCAGGUCAGGAGGAGUACAGCGCCAUGAGGGAUCAGUACAUGAGGACAGGAGAGGGCUUCCUCUGUGUCUUUGCCAUCAAUAACACCAAGUCCUUUGAGGACAUUCAUCAGUACAGGGAACAGAUCAAACGGGUAAAGGACUCGGAUGACGUGCCCAUGGUGCUGGUGGGUAACAAAUGCGACCUCCCGGCCCGGACGGUGGACACACGGCAAGCGCAGGAGCUCGCGCGCAGCUACGGGAUCCCCUUCAUCGAGACCUCAGCCAAAACACGACAGGGUGUGGAGGACGCGUUUUACACGCUGGUGCGAGAGAUCCGUCAGCACAAGAUGAGGAAGCUGAACCCGCCGGACGAGAGCGGACAGGACUGCAUGAGCUGCCGCUGCGUCGUGUCGUGAUCCAGCUGACGGCGCGCGUCGGGAGAAGUUUACCCACGGUUCCGUGCGGCAGACUGGACCAGAGAGGCAAGAUGUAGCGUCUCAUCUGAAAGCGACUGUUAACGAAAGCGCUCCAGGCCUCCUGCGUAACGAACAUUAGCGGCAGGACCGGUGACCUCUCUGGACAUCCACGUCUGCCUGAUAAACACCACUAAUGACUUACCCCCUUCUCCUCUUGAUUUGUAACCCCAGUUUGAUAAUGCUGGGCGCCUCUGUGGAUGUCUGCUAAAUUAUUGUUCUUGAAGUCUCAACACUGGUCUGAAACGGACUCGGCACGUCACAUGACCUCAGCGUCACACACAAACCUUCCUCAGCUCCGACGGACAGACUGGACACUAGUGACCUCAUCCCACGACCCCCUCCCACUGCAGCCACACCUCACAGAAAGCAUAUAUAUAUAUAUAUGUAUGUAUGUAUGUAUACAUGUAUAUGUAUAUGUAUAUGUAUAUGUGUUCAUGUCUGUCGAAAAGAGCGGAAACUCUGUAGAAAUAAUCAGGAGGGGAGUUUUUUGCUUGAUGUGCAGGUUGUUUUAACAUAAUGUUUGUGGAAAUCAAACGGGAGAAUUAGUUCUGUGUGCUGGUAAAUGUGUAUGUUACGAAUGAGCGUUUCCAUUAGAAAAUUAAACAGGCUGACUGAACUUUCCAAAAUAAAAACUCUCAAGUAGUUUGAAGAAGCUUGUGUUUGUUUUGAAAUUCUGUCUGUGGAAAUCUUAUGAUAUUUAAAAGAGAGUUCCUAACAGUUACCUCAAUAAACGUAAAAAAAACCUUUACAAUGUAGAAACUAGUGCUGUCAAACGAUUAAUCGUGAUUAAUCGCAUUCAAAAUAAAAGUUU